AGAAUUAUUCAGCUUACUUACUAUUUAACUGCUUGUUUCUUAAUUUAAGGUGUGGGGAUCACUAUGAUCUUUCUAUCAGUGGUUUCAGCGAGUUCCUACAUUUGCAUCAUCGCCUACAGCCUGUUCUACCUGUUUGCCUCAUUCCAAUCCCCCCUGCCGUGGUCAGACUGCUUCAGCUGGUGGGGUGCAGAUGAAACCUGCAGUCGGACACCCAGAGAUCCGCUCUGCAACCUCACUAUGGACAGCGGAUAUUCAGAAGUCGUGAAUACAACCUGGCUGCAGGCAAACAACAAAACCUGUUCCAAUGGAUCAGAAAUCUAUGUUCCUCACCAAGCCCCCACCGAGCAAUACUGGGAUAAGCAGGUUUUACGCCGGUCAAGGUCGAUAGAUGAGAGUGGGGAGGUUGUCUGGCACCUGGUUCUCUGUGUGCUUCUGGCCUGGCUGAUAGUUGGAGCCGCCCUGUCUAAGGGAAUCAAAUCUUCAGGAAAGGUGGUUUAUUUCACUGCAACAUUCCCGUACGUGGUUCUGACUGUACUUCUGAUCCGAGGACUGACCCUGGAGGGAGCCUGGAAAGGGAUUGACUUCUACAUUGGAAACCAGUCCAACUUCUCAAAGCUGGCUGAAGCUGAGGUUUGGAAAGAUGCUGCAACACAAAUAUUCUAUUCUUAUGCGGUGGCAUGGGGUUACUUGAUAACCCUGUCAUCCUACAACAAAUUCCACAAUAACUGUUACAGAGACACCAUCAUUGUCUGUCUGGUGAACAGUGGCACAAGUGUGUUUGCCGGAUUUGCCAUCUUCUCUGUCCUCGGACACAUCGCUCACGUACAGGACAAGACCGUUUCAGAGGUUGCUCAGUCAGGUUUCGGUUUGGCUUUCAUCGCCUACCCAGAGGCUCUUGCGCAGCUACCGUGGGCUCCUCUAUGGUCCGCUUUGUUUUUCCUCAUGCUGGUCACGGUGGGAAUCGACACUCAGUUUGGAACAUUAGAAACAAUUUUAACAUCCCUUAUGGACCAGUACCCCAAGCGUCUGCAAUCAAAACGCCUUUUGCUGACGGCUGGUGCUUGUGUGUUGCUAUUUUUCCUCGGCCUUGUGUGUGUAACACAGGCUGGAAUUUACUGGGUUCAUUUAGCCGAUUAUUUCUGUGCUGGAUGGAUUCUCCUUACAAUCGCUCUGCUGGAACUCAUCGGUCUAAGCUGGAUAUAUGGGGUAAACAGAUUCAUCAAGGACAUUGAGAUGAUGAUUGGGGAGAGGAGCUGGCUGUUCUGGCUGUGGUGGAAAGUGUGCUGGUGUUUUAUCUCACCGGGUUUGCUGGUGGUCAUCUUAGCCUGGUCUUUGGCGACAUUUACCCGACCAACAUUCGGACACGUUCAGUACCCCGACUGGGCAAUAGCACUCGGCUGGUGUAUGGUCACCUUAUGCAUUAUGUGGAUCCCCAUCAUUGCCAUCGUGAGAGUUUUCCAAGCUGAGGGCGCCACAUUGUACCAGAAACUUUCUGCUGCUUGCAGGUCAGCUCCUGAUUGGGGUCCGUAUUUGGAACAGCACAGAGGGGAAAGAUACCGAAACAAGUCUGAUCCUGCUGAUUCCCCAAACACUAUGGAACUUCUUACUGACCAUAAAGUGUGAACUAAUGGGAGAAGACCCAUUGUCACCAGUGAUACUGCAUGCCUUCACUUUAUAGUCUGUUAAAUAAUUCUAAAGUUACCUUGAAGCUAUGCACUAUGAUAUUUCCAUCUAUGCCUCCCAUAAUUAUAUAUACUGUUAUCAGGAAUCUCCUCAACCUCUGACACACUAGAGAAAACAAUCACAGUUUCUCCCAUCUCUCCUUGUAGCUAAUACUCCUUAACCCAGGCAUCUUCUUUGUAAAGAAAUAAUCAAAAUGAUCAAAAGCUAGUAUGUUCUCAAUCGUUUGAAAACACUGUAACCUAUGUAAAAUGUUAGAAAGUUGCAUUUGUUAAUUACAAUUCCAGGUGAUCAAAUAUCGUUUGUCUGGAGGAUUUGUUCGUUUACACAUUACAAUGCAAGAUUAAUUAGUCUCAACAAAUACAGAGCAGCACAUGCAUUUUCCUUCCAGAAAUGUAACCCAUUAUGAUUAUGUGACCAUAUUACAACUUUCUAACCAAAAACUCUGUUGUAGUUUACAUUUAUUAUUGUAAUUUAAGGUACAGUGACAAGCUUUGUUUGGCAUGCUAUCCUAUCAGAUCAGAUAAUACCACACAUAAGUAAAAUCAGUCUAAACACAACUACAAUCAGUAGAGCAAAGGAAAAGGUGGAGUGUAGAAUCUAGUUCUCAGCAUUAGUUUAAUUUAGAGAUACAGCUUGCCGACAAUCGAUCACCCAUUCAUACUAGUUCUAUGUUAUACCACUUUCUCUUAACUCCCUACAUAUUAGGGGCAUUUUACAGAAGCCAAAUAAUCUACAAACCCACGACUUUGGGAUGUGGGAGGAAUCCCGAGCAAUCGGAGGAAACCCAUGCAGUCACAGGGAGAACUUGCAAACUCUGUUAAACUGAGUUCUUUCAAUCUAAAGUCAACUUGACUCAAACACUUGUUGCUGUUAAAAUCAAUUCUUUAUUCAGCUGAGACUAGUCUCUUGAACCUUCCAACACAGAGCUGAUGCUCUGGGGCGGGUCCAAAGAGGAGUAACUUUGAUACAAACUCAUGGCAUUUAUAUUGGUAUUACACAUUUCAGAUACAGAGGGUAUGACAAGCUAGUAACCAAUCAUCUGAGUCCUUCUGGUGAUUUACAACAUCAGUCACAUGAUCCCCCUUCCCUGGCCUCAUUACAGCCUUUGUUUGCCUGUGCUUUAU